CGCCUCGUCUCUUUCCCACGUCCUGCAACAGGCCUCCUUGCCCCACAGACUGCUGUGACUUUUAUUGCAUUUUGGAGGCAACGAUGCCCAGGAAAAGGCCCCUGAGUGCAACAGUCAUCCCGAGUGCCAAAAGGGAAAGGAAAGCAAUUACCCUCGACGCAAAAUUAGAAGUGUUAAGAUGAUUUGAAGUGGGUGAAAAGCUCAGCCAGAUCGCAAAGGCCUUAGACCUUGCUGUCUCUACAGUGACGACCAUCUGAGAUAAUAAAGAAAUCAAAGCGACUUCACAAUCAGCUACACCCUUGAGAGCCUCUCGGUUGACUCGCCAUCGGCUGGGAGACCAGAGCCAGAGAAACAUGACCCUGAGUGUCACCAUGAUUCAGGGGAAGGCUGAGAGUUUGUUUGAUGACUUACAGCGUGAACAAGGUGAAAGCGCUCAGAAAGAAAAAUUUAGGCAAGGGUGGUUUGUGAGAUUCAAGGAGCGCCAUUGUGUGCCCCACUUCAAGAUGAACAGCACUGCUUCUGGCAACAAGGACGCAUACCUGGAAGUGCUGAAAAGCAUCAUCGAAGAAGGUAAGUACACCCCCCACCAAGUUUUUAUUUAGUUGAGACAGGGCUUUAUUGGAAGAGAAUGCCUGAAGGAACAUUUAUUUCUGUGGAAGAAAAAGCUGAGCCAGGCUUUAAAUCGUCCAAAGAUCGCUUGAUGCUGCUUCUUGGUGGCAAUGCAGCUGGGGACUUUAAGUUGAAGCCCUUAUUGGUGUACCACUCAGAAAACUCCAAGGCUCUGAAGAGGUACUCCAGGCCAAAUUUGCAUGUGAUUUGGCGCUCAAACAAAAAGGCCUGGGCAACCAGGAGCAUUUUUCACGAAUGGUUCACAUACUUUUUUUUUGCCCUGAUGUUGAAAAACACUGUGCCCAAAAUAAUCUAGCCAACAAAGCAUUGCUCAUCCUAGACAAUGCACCGUGCCAUCCAGUAAAUUUGAGUGAUCUGUCUGAUAAAGUAAGAGUGGAAUAGCUUCAUGACAGCACAGCUGACUCGAUCCAGCCCAUGGGUCAAGGUGUAGCCUCUACUUUCAAAGCUCAUUCAUUAUCUGAGAAGGACUUUUGAGCACAUGCUAGAAGCAACAGGUGGGGAGGAUACAGCUAUGAUCAGGGAGUUUUGGAGAAACUACAACAUCAUGGAUGCUGUAGACAACAUUGCAGUAGUAGCUUGGGAGGCACUCAGACCACCAACAAAGAACAGUGUGUAGAAAAAAAUUUGGCCCCGGUGUGUUCAAUUCCAGAAUGUUUCCCAAACAAAUUACAUUGCACAGCUUCAACAAAACAUUGUGACCCUUGCCAAGACUCUGGCUUUUGAAGAGGUUGUAGAAGCUGAUGUGGACCAGUUGCUAUGGUCCCGUGAGGACACUCUAAUGAGGAGCUGAUGCAGCUGCAACGGGAGCCAGAAGCAGAGGAGGAGAGUGAAGAUGCUCAACCUGCUCUGCGUCAGCUAACCACAGGAGAACUGGCAGCCUUCUCGCAUUUUGAGGCUGACUUACAGGUUCUUACUAGUAGCAGCCCCAAUGAUGAGUGGAAACUGAAAGUUUCAAGACCAAUCAAUGACGCGAUAAACUGCUAUAGAGACUUGUACAAUGAGAAAAGGCAAUGCUCAAAGCAACUGUCUUAAUUGGUUUUCCAGUGUGUGUGACCAAAGGUUAAUCAAAGUAAAGCCAGAAGCAAUAAGAUGACCUCCACGGUGAGGCCCAGUCAAGUCUCUGCCACCAGCCAUUUAUCAUCCCUGGAAAUCUUAUUUUAAAUUGUAGGAAUACGCCCUGGCC